AUGGCGCCUCCCAAGUUUCUCGGCCUGUCAGGGCGGCCACUCUCCCUCCUCGUGUCUACCAUCGCGACCACGGGUUUCCUGCUGUUCGGAUAUGAUCAAGGUGUCAUGAGCGGUAUCAUCACCGCAGUCCCUUUCAAUGACAUGUUCACGCCAACCAAGAACAACAGUACCAUGCAAGGGUUCACCACCGCCAUCUACGAGAUUGGAUGUCUGUUUGGUGCCAUGUUCGUGCUCGGAGUCGGCGAUCUGCUCGGUCGUCGCCGCGUUAUCAUCGUGGGCGGUCUCGUCAUGGCCGUCGGUGUGAUCAUUCAGAUCACUUCUAUGCACACCAGUUCUUCCCCGUUCGCGCAGUUCAUCGUCGGCCGUAUCGUCAUGGGUGUCGGCAACGGCAUGAACACGUCCACCAUCCCCACGUACCAGGCCGAGUGUUCCCGCACCACCAACCGUGGGCUGCUCAUCUGUAUCGAGGGCGGUGUCAUCGCGUUCGGCACCUGUAUAGCUUACUGGAUCGACUACGGCGCAAGCUACGGGCCGGACGACCUGACCUGGCGCUUCCCCAUCGCCUUCCAGAUCGUCUUUGCGCUCAUCAUCUCCAUCCCCAUGUGGUUCCUGCCCGAGUCCCCGCGUUGGCUGCUGACCCACGAGCGCUACGAGGAGGCCGACAUCGUUAUUGCCGCGCUUCGUGGCUACGAGCUGGAAAGCACCGAGACGGCACUCGAGCGCGAUGUCAUUGUCGACUCGAUCCGCGCUUCAGGUGGUUUCUCCAAGUCGACGCCCUACAGCACGCUCUUCACCAAUGGCAAGACACAGCACUUCCGAAGGAUGCUGCUUGGCGCGUCGUCGCAGCUCAUGCAGCAGAUUGGCGGGUGCAACGCUGUCAUCUACUACUUCCCUAUUCUCUUCGAGGAGUCCAUUAUGCCCGGUAACCGGAAUCUGUCUCUCAUCCUCGGUGGUGUUAACAUGAUCGUGUACUCCAUCUUCGCCACUGUGUCCUGGUUCAUCAUCGAGCGCGUGGGACGCAGAAAGCUGUUCUUGUACGGCACUAUCGGUCAGAUGACCUCGAUGAUCAUCACCUUCGCCUGCCUGAUCCCAGGCACUCAAACUGCGGCCAAGGGCGCCGCCGUGGGCCUGUUCACGUACAUCGCCAGCUUUGGCGCCAGUUGGCUGCCCCUGCCGUGGCUGUACCCGGCCGAGGUCAACCCCAUCAAGACGCGCGCCAAGGCCAACGCGGUGUCGACCUGCACCAACUGGCUGUUCAACUUCCUGAUCGUGAUGGUGACGCCCAUCAUGAUCUCCAACAUCGGCUGGGGCACGUAUCUCUUCUUCGCGGUGGUCAACGCCUGCUUCCUGCCCGUCAUCUGGUUCUUCUACCCGGAGACGGCGCGCCGUUCGCUCGAGGAGAUCGACAUCAUCUUCGCCAAGGGCAGCGUCGAGAACAUGUCGUACGUCAAGGCCGCCGAGCAGCUGCCCUACCUGACCGACGAGGAGGUCGAGCGCGAGGCCAUGCGCUACGGCCUCAUCGAGACCGUCGACCGCGUCCACCAGGCGCACCACCUCGCCGACCCCGAGAAGACCGCUGCCGGCCGCAAGUCGUCCGAUUCGGAGAAGGCGUACGCCGUGCAGAACCGGAGCGGCAACAGCUCCGACGACGCCGAUGCCGCCGCGAGCGGCGUCAGCACUCACUAA